ACCCACCCAGCCCGUCCCAACACCAACCCACCUCACCGCUCCGCACGAUCCACAUCGAAAUGGCCGGCAUUCUCAAGGUUACUGUCCUCGAGGCCAAGAACCUCAAGAGCGAGGACCUCCUCGGCAAGAACGACCCUUAUGUUGUCCUCUGGGUCGAUCCCAACCACAAGCAAAAGACCUCGGUCAAGAACCAGGCCGGCGCCCAUGCUACCUGGAACGAGCAGUUCUCCUUCGCCGUCAACCAGGACGACCACAAGACCCUCCACCUCACUGUCCUCGACCAGGAUCUCAUCCACGACGACAAGAUCGGCUCUGGCUCGUUCAGCUUCAGCCAGCUUGGCCCCCAGCCUGUCGACGUCUGGGUCCCCCUUCCUGCCCACCUUUUCUUCUCGCACGGCGAGGUCCGUCUGUCGGUCUCGUACCACAAAGCCUAAGCGCUCACUUUGUCGCUCGAUCCCCUUCACCCUGUAUAUGUCGCUGCCAUGCUUGAUAUGCGUAAAUACACAUUGUACCUACAGCCCCACAAA